AUAGCUUUUAUUUAAGAGCUAUGCAGUAACUGCAAUUAAAAUCUCCAUGAUAAACUAGUUUUAAUCCCAGACACUCAUAGAGUUCAAUGAAGGAACUGAAAUUUCUUGAUGAUCAAUGUGAAAUUAUCUUUCUGGCUGUAACUUAGUCUAUCAGACUACUUGUUUGAAUUGAAGUAUUUGAGGAUGAGAGAAACCACAGCAACUGUGAACAGGUGUCUCAUAAAUGUGGCUUGGAUUACUCAGUUAAAGGAUAUAAAAAUGUGAUGACAUUUCUCAUAAAAUUAGAUCUUUUUCCUUAGAGCUAUUUGACCAGAAGUGAUGUUUGAUCCGGGCCUGUGUGUGCUCUAGUGUUUUCAAAGAAGCCCACAAACCGACAUGAAAUGAGAAGUUGAAGCACUGUGAUUUGGAGGCCAGCUUUUAUAGUACAGCCAUAGGAAGCGUCUCCACUACAGCCUUCACCAAACAGGAGACAGACUGAAGAUGUAGGCUGCUGGUAAAUGUGAAAGCAAUGAAAAGGUGUUCUCAGGUUGACAGUGCUUUCCAUAGUACAAGCAUUUUCUGGGAAGGGCAUAAGAAGGGAGAUAAACAGAUUAUCGUGACAAGCUGAGAAGUAGCUGUAGCAGACCAAGAUGCUCCAAAGAGAAGAUCACAACAAAAAGGUCCUCAGGCUCCAUCAGCCACCAGCUGAACAGAUUGCAGCAGCAAAGGUGUUGCCAUGAGGAUUGGGAGGUGUCCUGUCUGCUUCAUAGCCUGCCUUUUGGUCCUGUUAAGUAAACAGCGGAGAGAGCCCAAUAUAGAGGCAGAGCACAUGUUUUAAGAGAGCUGACAAGCCAGCUCCUGCACAUACAUGUAUCUGUGUAAGAAUACUCCAAGUCCAGGGACCUCUGUGGCACUGCGUGGAUGUAAGAACUGUUGCAUGUGUGGGGUUAGACUGCUUUUUGAGUGAUGAUUCUCCGCCGAAGAUUUGUUCUAUUUCUCCCCCGAUUUGUAGGCCUGCUGAUGGUGGCCUGUUGCUUGGUGACAAUAGUUUAUAUGUUGGCUUGCACACCCAAGGGUGACAAUCAGCAGCUUUCCUUGCCCAGGGUGCACAGUCCGACCAUGAAGGAGGGAUAUGAAGCCAUUCUGCAAGAGCGAGAAGAGUAUCACCUCAACUACAUCAUCAGUUUGAAGAAACAAAUUGCCCAGCUGAAGGCUGAGCUUCAGGGCAGGAGUGAGCAGUUUAAGAACAUGCAGGACCAGCACCCAGACCUUUUGGGCAUUCGACUUGACCACAGCAACCCGGAGAAGGCCCAGGCUAAUCUGCUGGCUUUCCUCCGUUCCCAAAUAGACAAAGCUGAGGUGCACAGCGGCAUUAAGCUGUCCACAGAGUAUGCGGUUGUGCCCUUUGAGACCUUCACCCUUCAGAAGGUGUACCAGCUGGAGACAGGGCUGACGCGCCACCCAGAAGAGAAACCUGUAAGGAAGGAUAAGCGAAAUGAGUUGAUAGAGGUGAUCGAGUUAGCUGUUGGGAGUUUGAACAAUCCAGAGGGGAAUGGCAAUGCUAAGCACCGUGCGUACACAGCCUCUGACUUCAUUGAAGGGAUCUACCGUACAGAAAAAGACAAAGGCACAUUGUAUGAGCUGACGUUCAAAGGAGACACAAAGCAUCAGUUCAAGAAGAUUGUUUUAUUCCGACCAUUUGGUCCUGUAAUGAAAGUGAAAAACGAAAAUGUCAAUGUAGCUGACACACUUAUUAAUGUCAUUGUGCCAUUGGCCAAGAGAGCCAGCAAAUUUCGGCAAUUCAUGCAGAAUUUCAGGGAAAUGGGCAUUCAGCAGGAUGGGAGAAUUCACCUCACUGUAGUUUAUUUUGGAAAAGAACAAAUGAAUGAAGUCAAAUCAAUACUUGAAAGUACCUCCAAGUCAGCUAACUUCAAGAACUUCACCUUCAUCCAGUUGAACGAAGAAUUUUCCAGGGGCAAAGGAUUAGAUGUUGGUGCUCGAUUUUGGAAAGGAAACAAUGUUGUUCUCUUUUUUUGUGACGUGGACAUAUACUUCACAGCUGAAUUCCUAAACUCCUGUAGAUUGAACACGCAGCCAGGGAAGAAGGUGUUUUAUCCUGUCCUCUUCAGCCAGUAUAACCCCAGUAUAAUUUAUGGCCCCCACGAUUCCAUCCCAUCCUUAAAACAGCAGCUGGUUAUUAAGAAAGAAACUGGAUUUUGGAGAGACUUUGGGUUUGGGAUGACUUGCCAGUACAGAUCUGAUUUUAUCAACAUAGGUGGCUUUGAUCUGGACAUUAAAGGAUGGGGUGGUGAAGAUGUACAUCUGUACCGCAAAUACAUUCACAGCAACCUCAUGGUGAUCCGAACGCCUGUCAGGGGUCUUUUCCAUCUGUGGCAUGAAAAGCAGUGCCUGGACGAGCUGACCCCAGAGCAGUACAAAAUGUGCAUGCAGUCCAAGGCCAUGAACGAAGCUUCUCACGGCCAGCUUGGGAUGCUUGUUUUCAAGCAAGAGAUCGAGACACACCUGCACAGACAGAAAUGGAGCAAGAAGAAGACAUGAAGCCAGAAAG